UUAAAUCCAAAAUGGGUUUUAUAUUUUAGUUUAAUAUUUCCUUUCUCUGAGUUGCAAGGUGGUCUGAUGAUGAAGGGAACACAUGGGCGAAGGGAUUUUGCAAGUGUUGUUGUGGAAAUGUCAGAUGAGGGACGGUCGCGAUCUCUGGCCCGGACGAAAACUGGACUUGAAUGUUACAAAGUUGGCCAAAGUGGAAGUUCGCAAUGUCCGGGGAACGUCCCCUGUUUUCUGGGAAGAGAAGGAAAUUACAUAAGGAGAGAAACAGAGAAAAACUGCGACAUAUUUUGUUCCACUGAAUCGUCUGAAACAAUCAAUAAAUUCAUUGAGAAGUAUUUUGUAGGUGAUAUUCUAUUCAGUAAAGAGGAACAUCAACAGUUCUUGACAGCGCCAUCUACUGUUUUGGAAGAGGAUCUACUGCAUUUGUGAGAAAAUCUGCCUGGAUGCAUUUGUGAGAAAAUAAAGCCGAGGGAUCUCAUAAAAAGCCAUCUGCACAGUCGUAACAGACAGGUGUUCAGUGGACUGUUCAGAUGAUGUCAUGGACUCCACAAAGGAUCUCAGUGGACAGACAGACACAGGGAAGGUCAAGAGUGUCAUUCAUGGAGAAUCUCCUGAACCCAGCUGUGUGUCCAUGAAGAGUGACGGGUCAAUGGAUCGUCCACUUCACUUCAGUUCAGGAGAGUCUUUGAUCAAGCACAGAAAAAAACAGGAUGCAACAGAGUCAACUGCUGGGAAAGUGCCAUUGGACUCCAUUUUUGUGGAACUUGAGCACAAAAUCAUCUCUCUGAUGAAGAAAGAGCUGAAGAUUUUCAAGAGAGUACUGAUCUCAGAUUCCCCAGCAUGCUCUAAGAGAGAGGAGGAGGAUGAUGAAGGUCAGAGCAGAGUCAGAGAGGGGUUUCUGAAGAUCACACUGCACGUCCUGAAGAAGAUGAAGCAGACAGACCUCGCUAACACACUUCAAACCAAACUGAUUUCUGUGCAUCAACAAAAACUCAAAACAAAACUAAAAGAGAAAUUCCAGAGAAUUACUGAAGGAAUGUCAAAUCAAAUCAGCUCAACACUUGUGAAUGAGAUCUACACAGAGCUGUACAUCACAGAGGGAGGGAGUGCAGAGAUCAAUAAUGAACAUGAGGUGAGACAGAUUGAGACAGCAUCCAGGAGAGCAGAGACACAGGAAACACCAAUCAAAUGCAAUGACAUCUUUAAAGCCUUACCUGGACAAGACAAAGCCAUCAGAACUGUGCUGACUAAAGGAGUUGCUGGAAUUGGGAAAACUGUCUCUGUGCAGAAGUUCAUUGUGGACUGGACUGAAGGAAAAGCAAAUCAGGAUGUUCACUUCAUAUUUCCACUUCCUUUCAGAGAGCUCAAUCUGAUGAAGCACAAAAAUAUCAGUUUGAUGAAUCUUCUUCAUCAGUUUUUCACAGAUACAAAAGAACUGAGAUCAACAUUCCUUGAUGACUACAAAGUCAUUUUCAUUUUUGAUGGUCUGGAUGAGUGUCGACUUCCUCUAGAUUUCCAGAACAAUGAUAUUUUGUCUGAUGUGACAGAAUCGGCCUCAGUGGAUGUGCUGCUGACCAACCUCAUCAAGGGGAAUCUGCUUCCUUCUGCUCUGCUCUGGAUCACCUCUCGACCAGCAGCAGCCAAUCAGAUUCCUCCUGAGUGUGUUGACCAGCUCACAGAUGUACGAGGCUUCAAUGACCCUCAGAAGGACGAGUAUUUCAGGAAGAGAAUAAAAGAUGAGCGUCUGGCCAACAGAAUCAUCACACACAUGAAAUCAUCGAGAAGUCUGUACAUCAUGUGUCACAUACCAGUCUUCUGUUGGAUUUCAGCCACUGUUCUCCAGAGACUGUUGAGUGAAGCAGAGAGUGCAGAGAUCCCCAAGACUCUCACUCAAAUGUUCACACACUUCCUGAUCUUUCAGAGCAAACUGAAGAGCCAGAAGUAUGAUGGGAAAUGUGAGGUGGAUCUUCAGCAGGCUAGAGAGAGGAUUCUGUCUCUGGGAAAACUGGCUUUUCAACAGCUGGAAAAAGGGAACCUGAUCUUCUAUGAGGAGGACCUGAGAGAGUGUGGCAUUGAUGUCACAGAAGCGUCAGUGUACUCGGGAGUUUGUACCCAAAUCUUCAGAGAGGAGUUUGGACUGCAGCUGGGGAAGGUGUUCAGCUUUGUGCAUCUGAGCAUUCAGGAGUUUCUCGCUGCUUUAUUCAAGUUUCUGCAAAACAAUUCAAGAAUGAGUGAUUUCCUGAAGAGUGAAGUGGACAAGGCCUUACAGAGUGAGAACGGACACCUGGACCUUUUCCUUCGAUUCCUUCUGGGUCUCUCACUGAAGUCCAAUCAGACAAUCUUACGAAACCUACUGACACAGAGUGAAAGCAGCUCUGACAGCAAACAGGAAAUAGUUGAGUACAUUAAGAUGAAGAUCAGGGAGAAUCUCUCUCCAGAGAAAUCCAUCAAUCUGUUCCACUGUCUGAAUGAACUCAAUGAUCAUUCUCUAGUGCAGGAAGUACAAACAUACGUGAACAGAAGAGAUAUCAAUCGUCUCUCUGGAGUCAGUCUCUCUCCUGCUCAGUGGUCAGCUCUGGUGUUUGUGUUGCUGAACUCAGAAAAGGAGCUGGAUCAGUUUAAUCUGAGGAAAUAUGAUCCAUCACAUGAAUGUCUUCUGAGGCUGCUGCCGGUGAUCAAAGCAUCCAGAAAAGCUCAUCUGAUGGGCUGUGAUCUGACAGAGCAAAGUUGUUCAGCACUGGCCUCAGUUCUCAGCUCAAACUCCUCAAGUCUGAGAGAGCUGGACAUCAGUAACAAUGACCUGCAGGAUUCAGGAGUGAAGCUGCUGUCUGAUGCACUGAAUAGUCCUCACUGUAAACUGGAAAUACUGAGAUUUGCAGCUUGUAGAUUUACUGGUCAGUGUUGUGGAAGUUUGUCUUCAUUUCUACAAUCAUCAAACUCCCUGAGAGAGCUGGACCUGAGUAACAAUGACCUGCAGGAUUCAGGAGUGAAGCUGCUCUCUGAUGCACUAAAGAGUCCUCACUGUACACUGGAAAUACUGAGAUUAUCUGGCUGUAUGGUGACAGAGGAAGGCUGUUGUUCUGUGGCAUCAGCUCUGAGAUCAAAUCUCUCACCCCUGAAAGAGCUGGAUCUGAGCUACAAUCACCCAGGAGAAUCAGGAGUCAGGCUGCUCUCUGAAAGACACAAUGAUCCAAACUGCACACUGGACAAACUUAAUGUGGAUCAUGGAGGAGAGUUCAGGAUUACAGCAGGACCACGCAAAUAUGUCUGUGAUCUCACACUGGAUUCAAACACAGUAAACACUGAACUCAUUCUGUCUGAGGGGAACAGGAAGGUGACACGUGUGCGAGAGCGUCAGUCAUAUCCUGAUCAUCCAGAGAGAUUUGAUGUGUGUCCUCAGGUUCUGUGUAGAGAGAGUCUGACUGGACGCUGUUACUGGGAGACUCAAUGGAGUGGAGAUGCUGCUGAUAUAUCAGUGUCAUAUAAAGAAAUCAGCAGGAAAGGAUGGAGUUAUGACUGUGUGUUUGGAUACAAUGUAAACUCCUGGAGUCUGGAGUGCUCUAAUAACAGAUUCACUGUCUGGCACAAUAAAAACAGAACUGUCAUACGUCCCCCUUCACAUGACUGUAAGAGAGUAGGAGUGUAUGUGGACUGUCCGGCCGGCACUCUGUCCUUCUACAGCGUCUCUGACACACACACACUCACACACUUACACACACUCAUCACCACAUUCACUCGACCCCUCUAUGCUGGAUUUACAGUUUAUCCUGGUUCCUCAGUGUGUGUGUGUGAAAUGGAUCAUCAGAGACACACACACACAACUGGAUGAGUGAAAUAUACUCACUGUAUCUCACAUCAACACAACUCCAAACUCUUUCUAGAAAUCAUUUCAUCAAUGAAACUGAUUGAAUUCAAUACAAUGACAGUACUUUGUGUCUCACUGUGAUGUGAUUGAACUUAUUUACUAUCAGAUUCAAUAAUAAAAAUAAUGAUUUUAAAAUCCCAAAUACUUCAAAUGAAUAAAUGAGUCUAUAUAUGAACUCUUUAUUAAACACACGGCACAUUCAGAUACUCAUUGUUUUAUUUAUACUAAAUAAACAUUUACAAAUACAGAAUUCUUGUGAUUUUUCUACAGUAUAUAAAUCUUAAUACUUAACAGACAAUUCUAGAAAAAACAGCUUCACACUUUUGCAUUCAUAAAUGGAUUUAUAAGAACUAAUUACAGGAUCAUUUAAAGUUGGUGUAAAUUUGACAGAUUUGAAGAGUUCACUCAUUGAUAAAAGUCAAAUGCUGUCAUCAUACACACACCCUCAUGUUGUUCUGAACCUUACACAUUUUUAUUCUGUGACACAAAAGGAAAUAUACGGCAGAACAUUAGAGACUGACAUUCUCAGUCACCAUUUACUUUCAUUGCAUCUUUCUUUUCAGUUGAAGUGAUUGACUGAAAUUCAAUAUUGCAAAAGCUUCUGUUGUUUUAUCCAAAGCGCUUAUUACAGGGACAAUAAGAGAAUAAUUUACUGUAAAAAAUUACAUGUACUCUUGUUCUUUUUACCAUUAAUUAUACAGGAAAAUCUUUUUACAUUUAAAUAAUUACAUUUUUACAUAAUUUUAUUGUAAUAAAUUACUGUAUUGUCUUUUAAAAUCUAUUAAAUCAUUUGACUGUAUAUUUCACAGUUAAUAUUUGUUAAUCAAUGAACUUUUUAUUUCUGUAGCAUUUUUACAGUAUUUUACUGUUUAAAUUACUGACAGUUUUUACAGUUUAAAGGCUCUUUUUCUUUAAUUGUAAAUGUUUUUUUGAGUUUGCACAGUGUCUGUUCUGCAAAUGCUCUAUACCGUGUUUAUG